ACACGCAAUUCAGAAAAUGUAUAAGUUAAAGAUGCAUUAUUUGGCGGUUGGCUAUUGAUACCAUCCGUGUAGAUUCCCACUGAAAAACAUGCUGUUGCCAGAAGUGUUUGUGCCAUUUUUGGAGCUGAGGGAGGUGCCACUAUGAAUUCGGAUCCAUUUUUUAGCUCUUCUAGUCGGAAUUUUGUCUCUUUCCGGCUAUCAUUCUCAACCUUCCGGCCCAUCAAAAGUUUUCCGGUCCAGUCUCCAUUUCUCCUCCAGAUCUCAUUUCUUCCAACAGUCUAAUAUAAGGUUGCUCCUAUGUGGACUGUAGUAGUAUUCUCUCUGCACAACUCUAAAGACAGAAUGGGUUUUAUGAUCUAAUCAAGUUCUGUAGUUUUGUAGCUUGGAUUCCAGGCAACAUGAAUAAGAACAAAUUUAUCUUUUUUUGCUUUUUUAUUCUGUCCGUUUCCUUAAAGUCUAACUUUUCCUUUUCCUUUCUGUUUGAUUGGAAAGAAAUUUAAGAAUGUCUGAGAAAGGCGGGUUGUUUUAUUCCUUAGGAUGGGUUCUUAUUUGUUAACCGUUCAGAGCAGUACUCAUAAUCUUAUUGAAUUCCAUUUCUGAGUUCUUUUAAAAUUCCAAGCACUGAAAAUAUGUCCUCUGUUUGGUUUUGGGAAAUUUGGAAGCUAAGAAGUAUUGAAAUGAGGCUUUCAUCCAUGCUUAAUGGGCUUGCAAGGUCCUUCUCAUUGAAGAAAAGGAGGAACAGCUCUGAGGAUCGCAAUUGUAGUGGGAGGGUAGCUGUGGAAGCCAUGGCUAAAGUGGCUAAGAAAACUGACAUGGUACGGAGAUCUUCUGGUUCCAUUAAUGUUGAUUGUUCUCGAAAUUUUUCUUCUCUUUUCUCCAAAAGAGGAGAGAAAGGAAUCAACCAAGACUGCUUCAUUAUUUGGGAGGAGUUUGGAUGCCAAGAGGACAUGAUAUUCUGUGGUAUAUUUGAUGGUCACGGUCCUUGGGGACAUUUUGUGUCAAAGAUGGUUCGAGAAUCAAUGCCAUCAACCCUGCUUUGCAAUUGGCAAGAGUCAUUGGCUGAGGCUGAGGCUGAGGCGGAUCCGGAUUUUGGUUCGGAUGAUGACAAAUUGUUAAGUAAGUUUAACAUAUGGAAGAACUCUUACCUGAAGGCUUGUGCAACUGUAGAUCAGGAACUGGAGCACCACCCUAAAAUUAAUUCAUUCUAUAGUGGAACGACUGCCUUAACUAUUGUCAGACAGGGUGAAGAGAUUUUCAUUGCUAAUGUUGGAGAUUCCCGCGCUGUAUUGGCUACAACCGAUGAUGAUGGAAACAUUGUUGCAGUUCAGCUCACUGUUGAUUUUAAGCCUAAUAUACCCCAGGAGGAAGAGAGAAUAAUGCAGUGUAAUGGGCGCGUAUUCUGCUUGCACGAUGAACCUGGGGUGCAUCGACUCUGGCUUCCCAACGAGGAAUCCCCAGGCCUUGCAAUGUCUCGAGCCUUUGGCGACCGUUGUGUGAAGCAUUGUGGACUUAUUUCUGUGCCUGAUGUGACACAAAGGCAUAUAACAAACAGAGACCAAUUUGUGGUUUUGGCAACAGAUGGGGUGUGGGAUGUCAUAUCCAACCAAGAAGCCGUGCAAAUCAUAUCAACCACAGCAGACAGGGCGAAAGCGGCUAAGCGGCUUGUUGAAAGUGCCGGUCAUGCAUGGAAGCGCAAGCGGAGAGGAAUUGCAAUGGAUGAUAUUUCUGCUAUUGUUCUCUUCUUCCAUUCUCCACCCUUUUGUGAGCAACACAGGGUUAGUAAACACUAACAGUUGAUUAACUUCACAAAGUGAAGAGAGUCACACACACAACAAACAAAAAAACAUUCAGCAAACAGCUGUGCUUUAUUUCAUUUGUUAGAACGGUAUAAGUCAUCCCUUUACCAGAUUUCUUUGCCGUUCUGAAGGAUUUAUUUUUGCUCCGCUCCACCCUUUUCGUUGAGUUGCUUGUUAACAUCACGUUCUCUAAAUCUUAACA